GCGUGUCGUCGAUAUAUAAGCUGGAUAUAGGACCUUUGGGCAGGCCAGUUUACAUUCGAAGUUCGGGAGGGUUAGUGACUAGUGAAGAGUGACUGAGAUUGCUUAAUGAUGAAGCUACUGAUUGGACUGCUGCUAGUUGGACUAGCUAUUGAAGGUCGUGCCCAACUGUCAUGUUUCGUGUGCGAAAACUGUCCGGAUCCGUUCGACGGUGCUGUGCACACCCAGCAGAUGUGUCCUCCUCCGUUCCCAACGCAGCCUCCAACUGUACCGGGAGAAGUGACAACGCCACUGCCACCGGCGCCACCAGGUCCUGGUGAUCCGAUCAUUACGCCUCCACCACUGAAUCCAGGACCAGCACCUGCUCCCGGACCUGGUCCGGCCCCUGAACCGAACCCUCCAGCUCCGGCUCCAGGCCCAGGUGAUCCCAUCAUCACCCCUCCGCCAAUUGGCCGCAGGAAGCGACAGGUCGUGACCUCCCACCGAUGCUUCGUCUUGACCCAUGGUGGAGUAACCCGACGAGGCUGCACCACGCACGGUAACGACCACCUGGCCACGUGCCGCGACCUGAACCAAGGAGUUCAACCGGCGGAAUGCCGAGUCUGUGACUGGGCCGGCUGCAACUCGGCCAGUGGAAAGACCCUCUCGAUUGUGACCCUGCUGGCAGCACUGGCGAUUGUGCUGAAAUUCUUCUGAACCAACAACCCAUCUUAAUCCCUCUCUUUUCAACCGUCAUCGUGAUGAUCAUCUGUGACGAUCUCCGUAAGCCGUGAUCAUGCAAGCCCGAAUGCUCAUAAUCCCACAAAGUCAGAAGGAUCAACCAGAAAAAGGGUGUCAACCCCUUCGCCCUUUACGUUGUGUACGCUAAGCUAGUCUAAAUAAAUAGCAUAACUGUUAAAUUAUUUCUAUAGAAAAAAAAAAAACAAAAAGGAUCACACAUGUUA